AUGUGGCCAAUUCUUCAGCCUUCACCGGAGGUGAAACAACUUGUACACCGCUUCUUCGCUUUGGUAGACACCAACUCGGAAGAAGUAGGGCAGACCAUAGCGGAUGAGAUCUUUACCCAGGAUGGCUUGAUGGUGACGGCGAAUGCCAUGUUCCAAGGGGCUGCCGGGUGCCUGGACGACGGUGAAGAGUCGACAGCAUAG